CACAGGGCAUCUGCCUCCUGUUUUGGCUCCCCUGUCGGGCUGGCCUCUUAAAUUUACGACCCACCCACACGCAUUUUUGGCGCACAGUGACACGGCAUCUUCUGCUCAGUACACUGAUCAGGGACGACGAGGGUGGGAAGCCGAGCAAGAAAUGGCGAGCAAGCCGGUCACCGUCGGCGACCUCAUCCACCGCGUCGCCUCCUCCUGCCUCUCCAACCGCCUCCCCUGCAACUACACCCUACGCGACUCCGGCGACAGCGACCUGGAGGACGACGACGACGACCCCUUCGCCGACUUCGCUGACGCCGUCUCCGGCAGUGAGAAGUGCCGGCGUUCCCCCUCUGCGGCGGAGGUGGAGGACGAGGACGAGGACGAGGAGGAGGAGCUCAAGAUCUGGGAGGAGGGGCAGGAGGAGAAGAGGAAGCUAGCGGAGGCCAAGGGCGCCGAGCGCGCGCGCGACACGGAGGCGCUGAUGGCGGAGGUCUUCGACGCGGUCUCCGGCGUGCGGCGCGCGUACGCGGCGCUCCAGGGCGCGCACUGCCCAUGGGACCCCGACAAGAUGCGCACCACGGAUGCAGCUGUGGUGGCUGAGCUCCGCCACCUCGCGCGCCUCCGCGACCGUUUCCGCCGCUCCGCCGCCGCGGGCCACAUCCCACGCCCCAACGUUGCGGCGCCCCCGCUCCGCGAGGCCGUCGCGCCCUACGAGGCCGCGAUCGACGACCUCCGGCGCCAGCUCCAGGCCAAGCAGACCGAGGUCGACGGCCUCAAGGAGAAGCUCGCCGUCGCCACCAGCCGCCGCAACGCGCGCCACCACCCGUCCAAGCAGAACGGCGCCGGCGGCGUGCCGACGGUGGAGCUGUUCACCUCCUGCGCCGAGCAGGCCCGCGCGGCCAUUCGGGCGUUCGCGGGGCACCUCCUCCACCUGAUGCGCGCGGCGGGGCUGGACCUCGCGGCGGCCACCCGGUCCCUCACCAAGAUCCCGGUCUCCUCCCUGCAGCUCGCCAAGCACGCCCUCGAGGCGCACGUCACCCGCGUCCUCCUCGGCGGCUUCGAGCACGAGUCCUUCUACCUGGACGGCUCCCUCUCCUCGCUGCUCGACCCCGCCGCGUUCCGGCGCGAUCGGUACACGCAGUUCCGCGACAUGCGCGGGAUGGAGCCCGCGGAGCUCCUGGGCGUGCUCCCGACCUGCGCCUUCGGCCGCUACGCCGCGAGCAAGUUCGCGUUCCUCCUGCCUCCUCGCCUGGAGGAGGCCAUCCUAGGCGACGGUGAGCACCGGAAGGUGGUAGGCGGCGGCGCGCACCCGCGGACGCCGUUCUACGGCGAGUUCCUGCGCGCGGCCAAGGCCGUGUGGAUGCUUCACCUGCUAGCGUUCGCGCUCGAGCCGCCGCCCAGCCACUUCGAGGCCAGCCGCGGCGCGGAGUUCCACCCGGAGUACAUGGAGAGCGUGUCCGGCGCGCCCCCGCGCGCCAGAGCCGGCAUGGUCGUCGGGUUCGCGGUCGCGCCGGGGUUCCGGUUGGGCAACGGCGCCGUCGUGCGCGCCCGGGUGUACCUCGUGCCGCGCGGCGGCCGGCCGUGACAGACGCAUGAAUGGCGCGCCAGGAUCACAUCCGUUUGCUGACCGGCGACAUGCCGGAGCAGCAGCAGCUCAUUGGUGAAGAACAGUGAGAGUAGUACCGUACUAGCCUACUAGCUCCUUAUACUUUCUUUGGUUGCUUCGUUAUCUCAAGUAACCCAUUAUCCAUGUGUUCGGCUUGCAAUUGAAUGUAUAAUCAUCGUUUGGCAAGCAACAGUACCAUUUCCUGAUUCAUGUACUGAUCAGCAACUAUGAUUCUAAGAUUUGGAUGUAUCAACACCCCGGGAACACCAUAAGUUUACAUCGGGCCAUUCUGUUGGUAUGACAUCAAGGAGGACAUCUCCUCAUCAAAGACAUUUAUGAUA